GCGGAGCAGACACCCCAGUGAAGCCGGUCGUAUAAGAGGCCACGAUGAUGCAUGCAACAUACAAUGAAUGGCCCUGGUCUGGGCGAUGCUAUGAGGCAAGACUCGCAGCCAUCCAAAAUCGUUGUUUCUUCAUAACACAACCGCUUCUCAUCCACAAGUGAUGGGACGAUGGGGUCAACGCAGCCUUCCUCUCGGGUCAUCUCCAGCGAACGAGUGUUCCCUGCAACAGCCGCCCCGACAGACCAGCCAACGGUGACAAGGCUGUCCAUCAUCGAUGCGUCCGUGGCGCGCUUCGCGGCCUGCGGGGCGGUCUGGCUCUACAACCCGACGCAGGCGUCGCACGACAGCACGCUGCACAACAGCCGCCUCCGCCAGGCCCUGCGCGAGACCCUCGACGACUACCGCCACUUUGCCGGGCAGCUGCGGUGGGCCACCAGGGACGACGUCCAGCCCGGCGACCCCAACCCCCGCCACGUCGGGCGGCCGCUCGUCUCGUACGGCUCCCCGGCCGCCGACCCGGGCGUCGAGCUCGUGUGCGCCGAGUACGACCGCCCGCUGCUGGGCGUCGUGCCCAGCCCCGAGGACCGCAGGGCGGCGCAAAAGACGUGGCACGCCACGGGCUUCCCGCAGGACGAGCUGCUGCCCCGGCGCCGCCUGGCCUUCACCGCGAGCCUGGCCGACUUCGAGGGGCUCCCUGGUGUCGCCGUGCAGAUCACCCGGUUCGCCUGCGGCGGGUGGGCCGUCGGCGUCGUGAUGAGCCACUGCCUCGCCGACGCGGUGUGCCUGCUGGGCUUCGUGCACGCGUGGGCCGCGAGGUCGCGGGCGCUCGUGGCCGGGGGAGGACUCACAGAACCCACGGGCAGCACGCCCCCGAGGCCCGUCUUCGAGCCCGCGCUGCUCGACCAGCACGCCGGGCUCACGGGGGCCAGCACCGAGCCGGACCCCGAAAAGGUCGCCCUCGCGCGCUCGCUGCCCAUGCACCGGUACGACUGGUGGGCCACCGAGGCGCCGGGUUACCCCGCGUGGGCGACCGCGUCCUCGGACGCGACGAGGCCCCCGGACCAGCCCGGCGGGGUGGUGACGAGGCUGAGCCCGUCGACGUUCCCGCCGUGGCCGACGUGGGACAUGGCGGCGCCCGUGGAGCACGUGCAGAUCCGGUUCGGCGCGGGCGAGGUGGCGCGGAUCAGGCGGGCCGCGCAGGGCGACAACGGCGGGGAGGGGGAGCAGGAGGAGGAGGAGAAGGAGAAGCCGCCGGCCAUCUCCCGGCUGGACGCCCUCCUCGCGCACAUGUGGAUCCUCAUCAACCGCGCCCGGGGCCUCCACGCCGCCGCGGAGACGGUGUACCUGGACGUCACGCUGGGCCUGAGGGCGCGCGUCAGCCCGCCGCUGCCGGGCUCGUUUGCGGGCUCGCCGAUCCUGCUGGGCCACGUCGCGAGGCGGGGCAGGGACGUGUGUUCUUCUUCUUCCCCGUCGUCGUCCGCUGCCGGGGCCAGGGCCAGGGCCGGGGUCCCCCUUGGCGCCAUCGCGGUGGGGAUCCGCAGGAUGAUGGCGCUGUUCACGCCCGAGGCCGUCGCGGCGUACAUCCACGACGCGGCGCACGAGGUCAGCCCGCAGAGGCUGUGGCAGGCUUUCGUCGGGGGCCAGCACACGCUGGUCACGUCGUGGGUGCGGGCCGGGGCGUACGAGGUUGACUUUUGUGGUGAUGGUGGUGGUGGUGGUGGUGAGUGUGAUGGUGGGACGAGGCCGGUCUACGUGCAGGGCAAGAUGCCGCGGAUGGACGGGCUGCUGCAGGUCAUGGAUCUUGCGGACGGCACGGGGGACUUUGAUGUUAGCUUGUGUCUUGAGAAGGGGGCGAUGGGGAGGCUGCUUGGGGAUGAGAUGUUGAGGAUGUAUGAGGUGUGAGUGAUGUCUGGGUCAAGGGCUAUGCUGGGUUGAUGUAAUGACAACAGACUAAAUAUAUAUAUGCAACAUAGAAUAUAAACACAAUCUAUAUAUAGUUUCCGUUAG